UGACCCAAUCUGCUGACCGAGAGGUCCUUUACAUUCCGAUCACAUCAAACCUUCCACCUUGCAAAUCAUGGACCAAGGACAAGGAGGUCAAGGUGACCUCAACUGGCGCCUUAGCGCGCACCCGAUCACGCUACUUGUCUUCUUGGGAAUUCGGAUCGGUGCGCUACUGAUGUAUCUAUUUGGUGUACUCUUCAUCGAUGACUUUAUCCUCGUCUUCAUUUUCACCCUUCUCCUCCUCUCUGCGGACUUCUACUACCUCAAAAACAUUGCGGGACGCCGGCUGGUCGGCUUACGUUGGUGGAACGAGGUUGACACCUCCACCGGCGACUCCAAAUGGGUCUUCGAAUCAUCCGACCCUAACGUUCGCACUGUGACAGCCACUGACAAGCGGUUCUUCUGGCUGAGCCUGUACGUCACACCAGCUCUGUGGGUUGGCCUUGCGAUAUUGGCCAUUGUGAGACUUGUGGGAGUUAUUUGGCUCAGUCUAAUUGUUAUUGCACUCAUCUUGACUAUCACGAAUACCAUGGCCUUCUCUCGCUGUGAUAAAUUUGGUCAGGCCUCCACAUAUGCCAACUCGGCUUUGGGUGGUGGUAUUGUGAACAACAUCGCCGGUGGCCUGCUGGGCAGGCUAUUCCGGUAA